CCAGGCCCAGGCGGGGCAGGUUUAGGACCGGGAAGCUCCGCCCACCGCCGGCGUGUGACGUCGAGUCGCCAUGGCCAGCUAUCCGUACGGGCAGGGCUGCCCAGGAGCUGGAGGACAAGCGCCCGGAGCCCCUCCGGGUAGCUACUACCCCGGACCCCCCCACGGUGGAGGGCAGUAUGGCGGUGGGGUACCCCCUGGUGGCAGUUACGGCGGGGGUCCUGCCCCCGGGGGGCCUUAUGGACCGCCGGCUGGUGGAGGGCCCUAUGGACACCCCAAUCCUGGGACUCCAGGAGGACUAUAUGGUAGUGCGGCCCCGGGGGGUCCCUAUGGCCAGCCUCCUCCGAAUUCCUACGGUGCCCAGCAUCCCGGGCCUUACGGACAGGGACCUCCUCCAGGUGGUGUUCCUCCCAACGUGGAUCCUGAGGCUUACUCCUGGUUCCAGUCCGUAGACUCUGAUCACAGUGGCUACAUCUCCAUCAAGGAGCUGAAGCAGGCUCUGGUCAACUCCAACUGGUCCUCGUUCAACGACGAGACGUGCCUCAUGAUGAUAAACAUGUUUGACAAGACGAAGUCAGGCCGCAUCGACAUCUAUGGUUUCUCGGCUCUGUGGAAGUUCAUCCAGCAGUGGAAGAACCUCUUCCAGCAGUAUGACCGGGACCGCUCGGGCUCCAUCAGCUACACCGAGCUGCAGCAAGCUCUGCUAGAAGGCAGUUUCCUUCCCAACCCUGGGAUCCAGACCACGCUAAAAGUUGCAUUCGGCUCUGUCCCAAAUGGGCUACAACCUGAGCCCCCAGUUCACCCAGCUCCUGGUCUCCCGCUAUUGCCCGCGCUCUGCCAACCCCACCAUGCAGCUAGACCGCUUCAUCCAGGUGUGCACCCAGCUGCAGGUGCUGACCGAGGCUUUCCGGGAGAAGGACACAGCUGUACAGGGCACCAUUCGGCUCAGCUUCGAGGACUUCGUCACCAUGACAGCUUCUCGGAUGCUAUGACCCAGCCCAUCUGUAGAGUGGAGUGUACCAGGGGCCUUUCCUGGCCCCUUAGAGCGGGAGAGGCAUGCGGGCCUCUCCGCUUUUCCUGUCCCUCCUAGAAAAAGAUUCUCCCUUGCCUGAUGCAGCGCUGUUCCCGAAGAGGGCUGGGAGUCUUGUGUCAGUCACCAAAUAGUGGGGACCUAGGCUGAGGCCACACAGGAGGUGGCCAAAGAGAGGACUGGACGUUGAAUGCCCUUGGAGCCCUGAGUAUUUCAAUGGCCCAGCCUCGUGCCAGGAGCAGAAGAUGCCAGUUAGUGUCCAGUCCGCUGGGCUCUAGCCUCUAGCUGUCACUUCUCCGCCCUGACACCAGGGGUAAGUGAUCAUCAGCCUCGUGCCAUUGGCACCUGAGUCCCUUCACCCAUACCGUCUUGUCAGAUGAACCCAGUUUCUCCGAAGUGGAAGCUGACCAAGCACGAGGGAGGUUUGUCCGCGGGACCAAGUGGCUUGGAUCCCACCACCCCCGUGCCCCCAAAUCCACGUGUGUUGUCUUGUAGCUGCCUGGCUGCUGGCCCUGCUCGGGGGCUUGGACCGCCUGCUCUCUGGGCACCCUUGGCCAGGUUACCCCUCUGCAGCUCGGACCCCUCACUUGCCUGCCAUUCUCUGCUCGGCUUCAAUCCCCAGGGGACAGUUGUCACCUCCCACUGCCAAUGCUGUUUUUUUAAGUUGUGUGUUUUUUCUUUCGGGGCCAAAAGUUCAGUGAAACUGUAAGCUCAAUAAAAGGACAGAACUCUGGA